UCCUUGCGGCACUAAACUUGGCGUCGAAAACGUUCGGAGUUGCCAUGUGUUGUACCUGACGUUCGGUACUUUUCAUUUUGGUAAUAUAUGGUCUUGGGCCUUUUCGCAACAAAAGAAAAGAGAGAGGCAACGUGCACUAUAAGAUCCACAUGCAUGCUUCUGAUCCGUUUGCCAAAGCGCGCGCAUGCACUACUCGAUCGAGGUUAAUUACAAAGUGUUUUAGCGUGUGAGUGGGCCAAAAUACUAGCUAGAAUCCGACCAAUGGAGAUCACGAGCAGCACGAUGGUGAAGCCGGUGCCACACCCGCUCGUCGGUGACAAGGUUCCACUGACCCUCUUCGACCGCGCUGCCGUGGACGUCUUCGUUGCCAUGGUGCUAGCGUACCCCGCACCGGCACCGUCCAACGAGGCUCUCAAGGACGGGCUUCUCAAGGCGGUCGCGGCGUUCCCCCACCUGGCGGGGCGCCUCGCGGUCGACCAGCACGGCCGGCACUUCCUCGACGUCAACAACGAGGGUGUGCUCCUGAUUGAGACCAAGCUACCGGCUAACUUGGCGGACGUGCUGGUGGAAGGCCGGAUGGCCACCAGAGUCGACCACCUCUACCCUACAACGCCAGAGCCAGGGGUACCUAUCGAUUGAGGAUUUUCUUCUUUCACGACUUGCAUGAUCAGACUAGAGCUAGCAUAUGGAUUUUGUUUUUGCCUAUAUAUUUUCCUGCAGCAGAACAAUGGGGAGGCGCUGCUGCAGAUCCAGCUGAACAGGUACGGGUGCGGAGGUCUUGUGGUCGGGAUGUGCUCCCACCACCGUGUCGCCGACGGCCACUCCAUGAGCAUGUUCUUCACCGCGUGGGCAACAGCGGUCCGCGAGGGUAUGGACUUCAUCAUGCCGACCCCAUUCCUCAACCGUGCGGAAACCGCCUUGCCGCGAAGCUCGCCGACCCCGGUGUUCGACCACCGGUCAGUGGAAUUCACGUGCAGAGAAGGAACCGUCGUCCCCGUGGAGAGGAUAAAAAACCUCACGGUGCACUUCACAGCCGAGUUCGUCGCCAAGCUCAAAGCCCGUGUUUGUGCCCGCUGCAGCACGUUCCAGUGCCUGCUCGCGCACGUCUGGAAGAAGAUCACCGCGGCGCGGGGCCUUAAACCCGAGGAAUUCACCACGGUGAGGGUGGCCGUGAACUGCAGGAGCAGGGCUGAGCCUCCCGUGCCGAUGAACUUCUUCGGGAACAUGGUUUUGUGGGCGUUCCCAAGGCUUCAGGUCCGGGACGUCUUGAACUCGAGCUACAGCAGCGUGGUCGAGACCAUCCGCGACGCUGUGGCACGCAUCGACGGGGAGUACGUGCAGUCCUUCGUGGACUUUGGCGGGGUGGCUAACGCGAACGGUCAGGAGCUCAUCGCGACGACGGUCCCUGCGGGCUCGAUGUUGUGCCCGGACGCAGAGGUGGAUAGCUGGCUGCGGUUCGGCUUCCAUCAGCUUGACUUUGGCACCGGGGAGCCUGCCGCUUUCCUGCUGCCGGACUGGCCAGUCGAGGGGAUCAUGUUCCUUGUGCCGUCACACAAGGCGAACGGCGGAUUCGACCUCUUCAUAUCCAUCGCGGAGGAGCACGUUGCGACGUUCCAGCAGAUCUGCUACUUGACCUAGGCCCUGCCACAGGCCCCGGAUCAGUGUGCGGUACUGUUCAUUCCUAGGUUUUAGGUGUUGUAGCCUUGCAGGAGAGGUAGGUCUGGCGGUGACGCCUCCUCUUCCUUGGAAAAAGUCUCCCCCGCUCAGGUGAUGCCUCUGUUGGUGUUGAGGAGCGCCUGAGAGUUGUGAUGGCCGGACCUCCGAUUCCGGUGGGUCCUUAUCGUACGUCUAUGGUUGGCGCCGAUGAUCGGCAUAGGUGCUCUGCUUUGGCGAGUUUGGUCUGCUUGCCCUCAUUACUAUUCUUCCUGCGCGCGUCUAAUGCGUGUUCUUCAGGGAGAAGAAGCUGUUCCAGUCUAGAUGUCUGCUGCAAAGAGUUUGGCGUUCUUUCGGUAGAUGUGUAAUAGGUUGGUUUGCGCCCGUGUGCUUUGUCUAGCGUUAGGUAGCUGCCAGAGGCCGCUGGAUAUUUCUCUAGAUGUGUUGGCUAUUUUGGUUUGUAAUCGGGCUACUGGUACUGGAUUCUGGUG